GGUCGUGAUCGCUCGCAUUCGCAAUUCGCAUUGUCGUUCUAAUGUGUUUUCUCAUUUGUCUCUUUAUAAUUGUAUAUACUUCUUUUGAAUUCGAAAGGAAAUAAAAACUCAACACUUUUAAUUGAUAUUAUUAUCUAAAUAAAAUCGUUCUACGUAUUAGUGUAAUUAUGUGAAUAUUUUACACGUGUUACGGGAAUGUAACUGCUGACAAACAAAAUAAUUGUGAUUGUGAGUACAGAUUUAGAGUUUACGAAUCAAUAAAUUUGUUGUAUAACGUUCGUAUUGGAAUAGUGAAAUCUGGAUUACGGGAUGUCCGGCGUUAGGACCGGCAGAGUGGGUAAACAUAGGAGAGGGCGCCGUUUGAGGAGUGGAUCAGUACUGAGAAUGAUGGCCAUAAUGCAGGACAGGAAUAGCGAGGAGGUACCGAAAGAAUUCCUCGAGACCGGCAGGACGGGCCGCAGGAACGCCAUGCCGGACAUCCUGCACCCGCAGGGCGCCGAGGUGACAACGGCCGACCUGCCCUCGAGGCUGCAGCAGUUGGUCACCACUGAUUUAGACAACCCACAGCCCGGUACAUCUAAAGCAGAUCUCGACGUCAAAAAGUGCGACGACGCAACCAAAAAGGACAGCUGCAGUUGAGCUGUCUCACUCACUCACGUCUUAACGGACGCAGGACUUGCCCAAAGCAAAAGUAAUCUCAAUCAGGUAAUUGUAAGCACUGAAUAAUGUAGUCCCACCUUAAUUUUAGGUGUGCAAAUAUAGUUCUUAUGUUGUUAACAAUAAGGUGCCCAUUGGUACCGUAGAACGAACACUAUGUUGCUAACACAAAUAAUCAGUUCCCGCAAGGUGAACGUUUACCGCCAUUUGUUAAUCUCAUUGUACUUAAGUUGGUAAUAAAAUCAACAAUUGACGUUGAUAAUCGAGUGACGUAAUAAUCUUUGUUAACGUCAAAGUCAUAGACUUACGCCACGAUAAAUUAUUGGUCAUUUACCUUUAUAUUGACAUAAUAGGAUGUAUGUUAAGAUUACGUCGCGUUUCGCUCUAGUUAUACAUUCUUCUAUAAAUUGUAGAAGAAAUAUCGUCUAAUUAUUCAUAAAAACGUAAUAUCUAUAUGUGUGCACUUGUUUUUAUAGAGAGAGAGAUAGAGAGAGUCAUGGAUAUGUAUUUCGUCAGAUACGUAUUAAAACCCGCUCGCGUGUUUCACCACGCGUUUUAUAAUUUCAUACAAAUUUUACUAUCGAGCGUGAUUCCCUAACGCGGGAUUUGGCAGGCCUUCUCGCUUGUAGGGUAAUCACGCGUGUGAGAUAACACGUGAGGGAUAAUCCCGCGUGGGGGGGUCAAAUACUAUUAAUGUAUUUUGUCACUUUCUUUCAAAUUAAGAAUUUAACUCGAAAGAAAGUGACCGCUUGGCGUUUUUAUGAAUAAUGGCGUAAUGCUAGACAAUAUUGGCGUUGAUGUAUGGUUUUUAAAACAGGGGAAAGUAUUGUUCUGAUUGUUAAGUGUUAUAAUUACGAAUCGUAUUUAAGACUUAAGUUUCCGCUUCAAGAACUAAAAGUUUGUUGAUGCGGAUCUUUUUAUUUUAUGUGCAAUUGUGUCGAAAAGUUUUUUUUUUUUAAUUUUAUAAAUUUUAUGAGCAAUUAUUACAGAUGUAUUUAAUGACACUUUUCAAUCCGAUUAUCCAUACAUUGAAAAGUAAUGUUAACUUUACAUUUUCAAAUAUUUGAUUGAUUAUUUUUUGUUUAAUUUUUUGACAGGACUCAAACCUCCGUUAUCCAGGCUGAGUGGAAUGCCAAAUUGCACAUUCUAAGAAAUUUACAAGAUUCAGCUUGGAUAGUGGAGUUUUUGGGUUCUAUCUAAAGGUAUAAUUUUUCAGUCCAAUAUUUGAAACUUACGUGUCCAGUGGUAAAAAUUUCUGUGUAUUACAGUGCAUCUAUUUACCGAUAUAAAUAAAUUAGUUAUGUUCCUAAUAAUUAGUUAUAAAACACAAACAUACGCUUAGUGAGUUUACACGAUGUGUUUUAACAUUAUUUAUUAUUUAUAGAUAUUUAAAAUUAGUUGAAGUUUAUCGAAGAGUACAAUUUGAUUUUAUUAUAAUUUGAGUGAGAUGUUUUUAAGUACAGUUUUUAUGUACAUAGUCGUAGAUACCACGUAGUUGGAUACAAAUCGUAUAAUUAUUUCUAUAUUUAGUACCAAGAUAAUCAAAACGUGUCAUGUGUAUGUUUCAUGUUUGUAAGUUAUCUGCAGUGACAACAGGUGGCUAAAAAAAAUUAUGUAAGCGAUUAAGCUCUAUUCAAAUUAAAUUUAUUGCAAGAACAAACAAAUAAGAAAAUUGAAUGCAAAAUUUUAAAAAGAAAUGUAUUUUAAUCUGUGGCAAUUACAUAUAUAUACGUUAACAGCAGUUAGUAAGCAUGAUUUAAUUUGUUGUAACUUCAAGAUAUUUAAAUGAUAAUUACUUAAAAUGGCAAUUUAAAUGAGACAUUCCAAAAUGACAAUUUAAAAAAAAACAUCAUUAUUAACUUAUACUCGUAGUAUUGUAACUAUGACAGUAAUUUUUUUUUUUUAUUUCAUACUGAUCAUCUACGUCAGCACUUGUAAUCUCUAAUGGUAUUAAUUAAUAAAAAAAAAUUGCACUUCUAAUAUCAAAUAAAAGAUGUGCCUGUACAAAAUUGUAAUAUAUCAGCGAUAAUAACUAGCCGAAAAUGUAAUAACUUAACUGGCUACUUAUGGUGUAAUAGCUGACUAAAUAGCCAGCUAUUUGACUAUCAGCUAUUGUGUGAAAGGCUCAUUAUAAUCGACCCAAUUGCGUCACACUUAACGCAACCUAUUUAGCUGGAUAUUAGCUGGAUGGCGUUCGAGGAUGGUUAUAACCAAUAGCUGGCUACGACGACAAUAGAUAACUUAGCUGCGUAUAUACUUUGCAUAGUCGCUAUGUAGCUGGAUGUUGGUAUAGCAAUCCAUCACUACAAAAUGCCAUCUGAAACACAAAGGUUACCCUAAUAUGUGUAUAUAUUGUUCGUAUAAUAUCUAAAUGCAGUUAGCUGCAGUGAGAUUAGUAACCGAAAAGACUGCAUAAGCAGCUAGCAUAAUUCAAUUGAAAUAAUACACUCUAUUCCAAAUACAAUAUUCUUUGUCAGUUAAUAAAAUUUUAUGAAAUCUUCUUGAUAUUUAAAAUGGGACCCUAAUUCAACGUUAUUCAGUUGAAUUUCGAUGUAUUUCUGGGAUUUUGUAUUUGGAAUAGGAUAUAUAAUACGUUCUCAUAUCUGGUCUGAUAUUUUUUUGUAGAGAGAGAAAAAUAAAGGUGUUUACAAAUUUACGACUUAAAAUUGUGUUAUUAUAGAAAAUGCUCCCUAAAAAUGUAGUACAACUUAUAUAUAUAAGAUUGGCAACUGGCAACAUUAUGCAUUACCUGUCAAACACUGAAAAAUAAACGAUUGCAUAUUUGAAUAAGGAGCAUCUAGAGUGUACUAGAAUGUUCAUCAUAGAACAACAUUGACAUAAAAUCACUAAUUAUUAUUAUAUUAAUUCCAUAUUAUGCUUAUGAAAUUUUUAAAUAAAAAACUUUUAGAAUAGGUUAGAAAGUCUUAAUCUAUGAUUAAAGUUAUUACUUAAAUAUGAUUUUGUAGUUUAGUGUAUGUGUCUCAUUCAGAAAUGUUUGAUGUAUAAUUUUGACAGGUAAUCCAGAUGUUACCAGCCUUACAGAUGAACAUGUUAGUUUGACAUAAUAGAGUAACUAAUUUCAAUGAUGUGUCAAUUAAAACACGCUUUUGUUCUUUGUAUAUCUAAAUCAAUAAAAUGGGUAUAAAUAUUCAUAUAUUUUUUUUAAUUACGCUUGAUUUUAUAAAUUUGAUUAAUUUUAUGACUUAUGUGUGUGAGAUGAAACUUAAGACUUUUUAUAAUUAUGUUACUGGCCAGCAUUAAAUUAAUAAUUUGAAUUUUUCUCAUGUUUUGAAAUUCGAAAUUAAUUAUCGUGAAAUUCGUAUGCGGCACUAUUGUAUGUGUGCAAACUGUAAUGUAAAAUGUUAAACAGACUUGGAAAAUAUGGUGGAGAAAUAUGGGUACUAUCAACAAUAGUACCCUUACUACCCCUAGCCCCCUCUCUUUACCUACCCAUAAUUACAAGUUGUGAAUUAAAUUGACGAGUUCUAAUGUGGAGUUUAGAGGUACAAAGAACAAUUAUGACGUCUCUGUAAGUUUGAUACGUAAUAUUUACGUAUCAUUUUCUUGAUUGGUCCAAGCGACUAACAGGCUGUUUACUAAAAAUCAAGUACUUUUACUAGAAGUGUUUAUAAGGUAUACCAGUGUUUUUACUUUGAAGCUUUUAUUUGUAACACUUGUAGUAUUUCAUAUUUACUUUGUAUUUUAACUGUAGCUAUUAGAGAUUAUACGUAAUUCUCAUAUCACACAUAUCUAUUAUUCAGCUGAAUGUUGUGCUACUUAUUUGCAAUACUCAGCUUCGUGCAUGGCAGUCACUAGCAGAUCCAAGGGUGUGGUAAGGUAAAACACCAACAGGGUGAUGCAGAUCCGAAAGAGGUCAAAUUUUAAAACAGAGUUUUAGAUCGUCUAAAAUAAAGUUUAUUUUUACAUUUCACUUUGUCGGUCCACAAGCAUUCUGCAGAUCCGAAAGAGGUCAAAUUUUAAAACAGAGUUUUAGAUCGUCUAAAAUAAAGUUUAUUUUUACAUUUCACUUUGUCGGUCCACAAGCAUUCUGCAGAUCCGAAAGAGGUCAAAUUUUAAAACAGAGUUUUAGAUCGUCUAAAAUAAAGUUUAUUUUUACAUUUCACUUUGUCGGUCCACAAGCAUUCUCAUAUAGGAAAAAAAAAUGAGAUGUAAAAAUAAAUCUUAUUUUAAUCAUCUUAAAACUCUAUUUUAAAUGCGAUCAAAAUGUGCUCUCCUCUCCGAACACAUCACACUACAAGAGUGCUAUGCACGAAGUCCACGAGUUCAUAUCAUUAAAAGUUCCUCUUCAUUUAGCGAUCGGCUAAUUUAUUUUACUGUCAAAAAUUUCAUACAAUUUCGAUACACAACUUGCCUUAAUAUCUUCCUAGUGUUGGAAACAUCGAAUUUAAUUCAAAUUUUUUGGGGCCUAUUCGGUGUAUAUGUGUUGUGUCGUGUCAGUGUGUUUCUCGAAUGUCACUAGUUACAAAUUUUUCUAUUAGAUCAUUCUGUCAAUUCUUUAUAGUCAAUGUAGAUACCACAUGAACGAUGUUUGAGAUAUAAGAUAACUAGGAUUUAAAAUUGUCUUUUAAAUCCUUCAUUGGAGAGGUUUUCUCGCAAUAUUCCCCUUUAAAUUGUGAUGGUAUUGGCCACUAUAAUUGUUUUGUACGUCCUCUGCACACAAUGUACAUAGGCUUCGUUCUCUUUGACUAUCCUUCAAAAGGAUAAAAUUAAAAAAAAACAACUGAAAUGUCAUGUAACUCUUAUAGGCUCAGAUUUUUAAAACAUACAUACAUUACUAUUACUAUAAUUGUGGCUUAAUUUAUUAUUUUCGAUGUAUUCUGAUUUUUAAUUAUAAUUUGAUAUUCGUUGGUUGACGCAAGCAACGCUCAAGUGGUAAUAACUAGAGGUAAUAUAUGUAAAAAGUAACGUACAACUAAAUUGGGGAACGAACUAUGUAUAUCGCACAAAUGUAUCUGGUAUUUAGCUUCUCAGAAUAUGGGACAAACCAGAACUACAAAACAGCAAGUAACAUAAAUGAUAUCAGAAUAUCGUGUAACAUGUUGAUUCAAGCCAAACACGGAAACCUGUGCUUACUGAUUUUAAUGAAAUUUUUUACAUGUGUUUGUUCCAUUUUGAAAAAGGAGGUAUAAUUUUUUAAAUACUUGUAUGUCUUUGUGAAAUUUGUCUUGCACCCUGGAGUGGAUAUGGCCCACUCCAUAUCCCUUUAAAAUACCGCCUAGCUUGGAAACUAUUUGACUUGUCAUGUCCAAACAUAAAAAAAUGACAACACAAUAAACAAACUGAAAAUGGCUUUAAUUUCUCAUUAUAUACAGAGUAAUGUUCACGCCAUUUAGUUUGUUCCCUAUUCUGAGAUAUAUGAUUAUCAAUAAAUUUUCUAACUACACAGUAUCUGUAAACAUGUGUUUACAUGUGAAAAUGUUAAUGGCAACAUGUAGGUGCAAUUACAGGCGAAAGUGCCUCCUUAUUAUUAUUAACAGGUUUAUUAUUCAUUUUUAUGAUAUUAAAUUUGUAUAAGGGCAAAUUUUUCUGUUUUCAUUCUAUCUCUAGAAUGGCAAGCUAUGAGGCCAUGCCUACUUAUGUUGUUCCAAUGAAAUGAAGUAUUAAAUCUAGAGCGAUAUUUCUGUCCCACUCACAUAGGGAUAUUUAUUUUGUCCUUAACAAAUGAAUGUAUAUUAUAUAUGUAUGGCUGCGAUAAUUCUUUAAAAAAAAAUGUGUUGACAGCCAGUAACAUACAGUGGACAAUAAUAGUGUUGCUAUUGGCUAAAAGCUUUAUACAUGUGUCGGUGUCCGUGGCGCGCUCUGGUGGCAGAUUUGAGCCUUUACAUUUUUAUACGUUUAUAAAACGUUUAAUAAAUAGUUUAUGUACAUAUUAUGUGUAUAAACAUUUUAUAUGUAUAGGAAAGUCCUCUGACCAGCCAAUUUUGUUUUGUGAAGUGUUUGAGAUUAGAAUAGUAGUUGUUCAAGGCACAUAUUUGGUGUCAAUGCGACAUUUUCUAUUUUUAAAACUGAGUUUUUUUUUUUAUUAAACGAUGGAUUUUGAUUGAACGUAACGGCAAGAUCUAAGAUGAAAUCUGCGCUUAACCAGAAGAUAGUUAUUCACAAACUAAAUUCAUAAUAAAUCUGAGACAGAACAGAUUUAAAUUUAGUCCGUAUUUUAAUUAUGAAGAUUGGUUUGUGUUUUAUUUAAAAUCAACCCCCUUAUGCUUAGUAUAUUCAACGUAUAGUUCUGAGAUAGUCAAUUUGAUUUUAUAAAGGGUAAGUUGAAAAUUUAAUAAAGCUGUGAUCUCAGAUCUAUCAUCUAUUAUAUUGUCAUAUAAAUGUAAUGAAGUACUCCUACUCCUACUCCUACAGUUCACUUAUAACAAUGAAAUGUAUUUCAUACACGUAGUUACUGUACAUUACAAUGGGUCCGAUUCUGAGGUGAUAUUUUUUUAAAUUUGUCUCUUGACCUAAUAUUUAAAUUUGAUAGUUUCGCAAAAUAACUGUUUUAUGGGUCAUCGUAAAUCUGAAAGAAAAUUAAUUCAUAUUCUUCGUUACAAUAAAGAUGUCGCUGUAAUAUCAAAUCGAAAUUUGAAUUUUAGAGAUUUUUAGAGAUAGGUAAGAGAGAGUUAGAGAAAUAACUCGCAUCAGAGUCGAGCCAGUUGUCUGUUUGUUUUUGUAAAAUAAUAAAAUAUUUUGAGCCUCCAUACUAAAUUGACUGUUACAGGCGCUGUUUUAGUAUAACAGCUCAAAGAUUUUUGUUGUAUUUUAAUCUAUGUUUCUUUGGGAAAAUAAUUCAGUUUCACUUGUAUAACAUUCCCUUAGAAGAAGGCCAAUCAUUUCUAUUUUUUAUCGAGAAUAAGAUGCUGCUUGUGGAGACUGGUCCGCUCAUGUUUACUUGUUUAUUUCGCAUUGAAUAGUACAUACAAAUAGCACUCGAUACUAAUUUAAGUCACAGUACCAAUACAAAUGUAAAAUUAUCUCGUACAUAAAUAAAAAGAGUAAUUGUUGACUUUCUACUCAACAGAUAACAACAUUCCGUACACAGCAGUAGAAUUAUAAAAAAUUUACGAUUUAAAAGAAUCGAUAAAAUAAUUCUAUUAUAAUAACUAUUAUGUCUAUUCUAUAUAAAUUUACGUGCACAUAUAUGCCAAUAACAGGUAAAGAAAUGCGUCUUUAUUUCAUUAAGAACAAAAUUAUUAGUACAAUAAUUAAUAGGAUAUAAAUUCUCUAUCGUCAAUUAUUAUUCAUUUGUGGUACAAUAAUUGUUUAAUUAUAUCAAUUGUUUUUUAAUACAGAGGUAACUUUCACACCUUUAAUAUUAUUAGUAAAGUUUCAUUUUAAUACUCUAAAAUGGUGUAUUGUAUUUCCAUAUAUAGAUUUGCUAUUGUUUAUUAUUACGAAGGUCAUUGUUCACAGCUAGCUACGUUACUGGGAUAAACACAUUGCGAUCGAUUCUGAAAAGCCAUUUCUCUAAACUUGUCUCUUUAAAAAUAAUCAAUUUUAUAUAGAGCACUAUCAGUAUGCUUAGGACUAAUAUGAACUAAAUUUCUAAUAGAUUUAAAUUAAAAUUAUUAUAAAUUUAGUUUACAAUAAUCCAUAAAAUAGUCACACCUGCAAUGCCUCUAAAAUAGUCACACCAAUAAUGAUGUUAUAGGUGCUCAUUGGCAGCGAUAGUCACUUACCAUCAGGUAAUCCGCUUUGCCCCUUUGCACUUUGUAUUAAAAAAAAAAUAUCGUGAUUCUGUCAAGAUAUUAGGUUAAUGGAUAAAUUCCAGACAAAUUAUAUUGAAGACUAGGCAGCAUGGUCUCCGACCUUAGCCUGCUCCACAACGGAACAAAUGUACUAAAAAAAAAGGAUAAUGGAUAAGUUUAGAGCAAUGGAUGCCUUAUAAGCGAGCUCAUUGUCACUAGCUAUAUCCCAUUAAAAAGUUACCCUGUUAUUACAAAUACGGACUAUUUAUAUACCAAAUUUCAUUUAAAUACGUUGAUCUGUUUUAUUUAGAUGCAAUAACAAAUAUUGAAACAUUCAUAUCUAGAAUAUUGGCAGGAACUCUGCUUACAUUCCGAGAUAGGUAUAAUUUUGCCGCGCCAAUUUACAAACGGCUUUUAAGUUGGCAUUAUUUGUACAUUUCUUAAACAUAAUUGUCCAUUUAUCCUAUUACGUUUAAUAAUAAUUAUAUAUUUAACUAAACAGGUAACACAUAGGUACGUAAAAUUUUCAAAUACGACGAUUAGGAAUCUAAUUAGGUAGUUUUUUAUUUUUUUUUUAUCAAAAUAAAGUAGAAACGAAAAAGCGAUUUGCAAUUUUAUAAAAUUAGUUACACUCAAUUAGUCAACAGUUUUUUUUUAAUUGUCGUAUUAGUUCUAAAUAAACGUACUUUUUAGCUUUCACAUGUAAGUUAGAGGGCGAAUAGUAUUAACGAAUUUGUAUCGUUUUGUAUCUAGUUUGUCGUCAAACAAACAGAAAUAAACUUUUGGAAAUUU